GAAGAGCAGCUGGAGGCGGCGAUGCGCCUGUCGAUGGGCCAGGAGCCAGGCCCUCCCGCGGCAGCGCCCGCGGCGCCGACGCAGGCCGCGGCGCCGGCUCCACCGGUGCGGGCGCGGCCGCGGGCGUUCCCGGGCAAGGACGCGCAGGACCCGAUUCCCUCCCGCCGCCCACCCGCUCGUCCGCCAAGAGGAAGCGCGGCGGCGACGUCUCGGCCAGGCCCGACCCCGACCAGGUCGGGGAGCGGCUGCAGCUCGGCGCGGCGGAGGCCGCGGAGCUGCUGCGGCUGCUCUUCGGGCAGGCGCCCGAGUGCCAGGACGUGGAGCGGUGGCUGACCCAGGGCUUCCAGUUCAGCCCCACCUCCAGC